AUGACCACGUUUCCGGUAUUUAACAGCAGCCUUAACCCGCGACGCACCGAAACGGGUGGCGAUGAGACAGUUGACGAGGGCUCAUUCUCCAUUCUUACAACGCCUUUAAUGGUGCAAAAAAUGUUCAGACCGUCGCCGCGCACCGAUCCUCGAUUUGGGCUGCCCGUGGUUGGCCUCUCGCAAGGCCAGCGCCUCGCUUUCCGACUGCAUUCCUCUCUGAGUAUCACUUUCGGGAAGUCGCAGAGACGCUCGAUCUCGACAUGGCUGAACAGGAACCCAGACCCGCCGCCGAGUAACGUAAGCCGUACGAACAUGGAGGCAACUGAUGAAGUCGAUGCGACGGCGUCUACUGGGGCACCGGUAACGAAGAUUUCAGAAGCCUCUAAUCGACGCGUCGACGCGUUAUUUGGACGUGCUUGGUUGAACUUCAGCGCCGCCCGCAACCAGCUCCUUGUUCUCUCCCUCGUAGGCCUUCAAGACGACCAGUACAACCCCGACCUCACCGUCAAGAUUGGAGCAGUAUUUACGACAACACUGUACGACUACGGCUAUACGACAAACACGAAGAUGCCAGUUCUGGCACGGGCCAUGCAGACGCCCCCGCACGGCGCUGCCCAGCCGCCCAUCCCAUCCAUCCGUCUUAUUUCCGCUACCCCAUCUGCCUCUGGACUCUCAUCCGAGGCCAGCUCCUCGUUCAACCAGUCUCUACAAGAUGCCUGGAGCACCCUCCCACCAAUACCCGCCACGCUCGCACCCAAGACCGAUGACGGACCGAAGAAGAAGUUGGUACCGAAGAAGAGCAAGCUGAGCAUCCUGGGCGUCGGUCGGGACAAAGAGCGAGGCAAGGACCUCUCUGACGUCGUCCGGCGCGUCGGGGGCUCUACGUCUACACGAGGAGGGUUCGAGAUCUACGUGGAUCCGACUGUCGACCCGGAGAUUGGGGAGAUUGUGGUGGUAAAGAAGAAGAAGAGCCGGGCUGCGCUGGAUGGGAUGAGCUGGGGAGCGUUAGGCGAGGUGACUAAUGUACCGAAGACGACGGCGACGACGACGAUGAACAUGAACAUGACGAACAUGACAACGAAGGAGAACCCUGCGCUGCUGAAGGUGAAGAACGAGGAGAAGGAAGGGAGCGGAAGGUGGUGGAGUAUCGGACGAGGAAGGAAGGACUCGAAGGAUAAGUCCAAAGAGAACAAGAUGAGUGCAAAACCUGUUGAAUUUAUCUACACCCCUGACGAACGAUCGAAGACCCCAGACCCCUUCAAACCUGCUCAAGAAUCUCGCGGGCGCUUCAACUCGCUUGAUUCCGGCCUGCUCCUUGGUUCGAAGACCACCAACAAGGCCCCAAGUCCCGUCAGCACCCUCCGCGCGCCUUCCAACCCCGAGCUAUAUGCGCCUCCUACGCACCAUUCCGACUCUGAGAACGUCAUGCCCACGACCUACUCUCGCUCAGCUACGCCUACAGCUGGCGGCCUCCUCGCCGUUCCUGGUUCGAACACCAACUCGGACAGUAACCAAGGCUCCAUCGCCGUUCGGGCUAUGCGUUCGGUCCGUUCGCUCGCUCGGAUCGGUAGCUGGGCCCAGCUCAAGAAUAUGCCUGCCCCGACUGCCGCUCAGGUCAAGGAACUCGAAGAGAAGGAGAAGGCGGAGAAGAAGAAGAGCCUGCGCUCAUCGAAGGCGAAGGAGAACAAGGAGGGCGGCGAGGGUGAGAGGAAGGAGAAGAAGAGCAAGAAGGAGAAGGACGGCACCGUCAAGAAGAAGAGCAAAUCUUCGAAAGAGAAGGAAGGCAAGAAGCAGACGAUUCGCAUGUCGUCUUCCUCCUUCGAGGUUGGCGCGUUGACCGCGAGUCCCAGCCCACCUACUGCGAAGGAUAAGGCCAACACCGUCGGCAAGAAACGCUCCAUCCUCGGCCUUGGACUUCCGUCGACAAUGACGAUGCGCCUGCCAACCGUUCGUGGUGGUUCGACUGCGUCUUCAAACAUCAACCUUACUGUCGUACCUCCCUCGGCACCGGCCUCUGCAGCCUCUAUCGCACCUACGAUCAACAACAACCGACUUUCCGUCGAAUCCGCCAUCCAAGCUCAGAUCGGAAGGGAUAGGUCCGCCUCUAUCGCGUCUGGUUCCUCCAACGGGUCUUCCUUACGGCCCUUGUCAACAACCUCAACGAACUCAAGGUUGUCGUCUGGGUCUUCGGCUGCUGGGAGCGUCAGGUGGGAUGAGGAGGGCUUGCAGACCGUUCGUGAGCAGAGGAGAUUGGAGAGGUUGGCGAAGGAGGGCGGAGCGGGUACGGAGGCGGAGGAGAAGGAUAACGAGGAGGAGAAGAAGGAAAGGCGGACCUCAAAGGAGAGCAGGAGAUCAUCUGAAGGCCGCAGACGCACGCCCCUCAGCUCCGUUUUCCCCGAGGUCCAGCACCACGCCAUCGGGGUUGCUAUGCUCGCCCCCGUAGCGGACGACUCCACCGACAUGAGCAUGGACGUCGACGAGCCCUGCGCGAGCCACGUCGCUCAGGUCGGCUCCGACGUCGACUCUCGGUCUGUGCGAACGAUGAGCACGAACCGCUCGUCUAUGAGCUCGGGUUUCCGCGCGAGGAGGAGUUCGUAUCCGAUUUUGACGAUCGAAGAGGCUACUUCGGAUGGCCAUGGGUGUAGAGAUUGGGAUGAGCCGUUGGAUGAGGAGGAUGGUUCGAAGGAGGAGGAGGGGGUUGGAGACGGUAAAGCAACACCGACGAAGAAACCCAGGGCCAGACCGUUGUCAGAGCAGAUGCUCGGGAGGGCCAGGCCAAAGCCUAUGUACGAGGAUGAAGAAGGUGUUCUGUCUAUCCUCGAUGCCGCUACCAACGACCUAGCGUUGCUCAUUAACAACCUCGAUCUUCAAGCUACGCCUGGUACUCCGGAUAUGACGCCACUUCGCCCGUCUCCUCUUUCGACCGUCGAGAAGGACGUCUCCGCCUCAGCAUCUCUCUCUGUCCCUGGGUCUGCGGAGAACAACGGCAGCCCCGCGCCCAAGUCCACCAGGAGACGAGCAACCGUGGCCGACAGUCCUCUCAAGGGUACUCUACGCGGAAGCAUGGCCUCCAUCAGCUCGCUAAGGCCCUACGCCCAGUCUCGCGGGUACUCCAAGUCAAAGUCGGAGCAGAACGCGGCCAAUGCAGCUAUCAUCUCCCAGCAAAUUGCGCCAUGGGCUACACUCAUGCAAGGCCUCUCUCCAGUCAAGGAUUCGCCCAAGCCAACUCCUGCGAAGACGAAAGUAGCGCCGACAUCGCCUACGCCUACGGUCAGGCCUGGACACAAGCGUACAAUGACUCCGGCUCCUGAGCCCGAGCCCGAGCCCGUCUUCCAGCCUUUGAAACCGGCAAGGGCUCGUCCUCUCAACUUCGACUCUGGCACUAUUCGCCCUAUCAAGUCGGGCAACGUCCUAGCCCAUGUCGCAAAAUUCGAGGAAAGGGCCAAAGAGAUGACUCCGUCUCCUCAGCACCUGGAUCCCGACCGUGCGCCGUCCUCGAUGACGUUCGGUCAUCGCUCGCCUUCCACUCGCUCUCAGGGUUCUCGCGGCUCCAUUAUGACGAUGGAUGAGUUCAACAGCCCAUCGCCCAGUCCUGGUGUGGGUGGAGGCUCCCUUACACCGGUCUUUAAGCGUAUCCACGAGUCGGAGAAGGGCGGAAAGAGGGCGUCGAUCGCGCCAGCAGACUACAGGGGCAAGAAGAGCUCGAGGAGCAGUAGGAGCAGCAGCUACGGCGAGGAACUCUCUUCGUCAUCGUUCAGCGUGCCCAUGGCCCGAGAGACGAGGAAAGUAUUGGGAAUGUCAGGUACGAUGGGCGGCUCUGACACAUCAUGCUACCGAGUUCCAGAGGUCGACGCCUCUGACCCCGACUCGGACGUGCCCGACGAGCUGAAGUUCAUCCUUGCCACCCACUCGAACCGCGCCUCCGUUGCUGAAAGCCUCUCAUUCGAUGACGAUGAAGACCUUGGCCCCGCGAGGAUCAUGACCGCAGAACGUGCCACUGCCCCUCCGCCUACGACUCGCAUCCCAGAAGCCCCGCCCACUCUCGAGCUGCCCGUCUUCCGUGCCUCGCUCAUCGAUGAAGAGGACCAGACUCGCGAGAUCGAUGAUGGAUCCGUGUCAUCGGACGACGAUACAAAGAAGUCGUUUGACUUCACGGGCGAGAUUCAGAAGCUCAACGAGUCUGGCGGAUCCGAUCGUGCUAGUUUCGUCGAGCAACUCGAGAACGCAUUCCGUACGCCGGCGAAGGUUGACUUGCGCUACGACUUUGGAGCACAGCUGCGGGUGGAUGUACCGCCUGUUCCGGCGUUACCACUCGAUUUCAAGACGGCCAUGGGUGAAGAGAGCAGCGGAACGACCGGCAGCGAGAGUCUGGCAUCGUCGGCUUUUGACGACCUUCCUGCCUCAGUGCAAUCGCAGCUCGUUGACGUCAAGCAACCGAGUAUGCUGGAGAAGACGACCGAGGACGUUCAGGACAGCAACUCCAAGUCCAACUUCGAUUUGUUCUCCGUCUCUCGCAUCGUUGACGUCCGGGAACCGACUGUCUUCCCUACCUCGGAUACCAGCAACGAAACCGAUGAAAUGGUCUUCGACAGCCGCGAGGAGUCCGUCAGCAUCGAACUCAGACGCUCAACCAACCCCAACUCUUCGAAUGGACAACUCAACACUUCAUUCAAGUUCGGCGGCCUGCCACGUAACAAGUCAACUGCGUCGUUGCCCAAGGAGCAGGACAAACCACUUACGCUCUCUGACAUCAUUCCUCCGCCCUCGCACGUUCGCCAGAUGUCCCAGAUGUCCGAUGCUUCGAUGUUGGACCAACUCGAAGAUGACUCAGUCCUCAAAUCUAUCUACGCGAAGAUCAUCGGCGGCGAGGCACCAGAGCGCCAACGAGUGGAUUCUAAUGCCAGCGUCAACGAGGCUGAGGCCAAACGUAUGAGCAUCUACAAGGCCGCAUCUCGCCCUACUUCUGGUAUCUCUUUCGCUGGCUUUGACUCGUUCGACGAGGUCCGCCGAGGAUUUGAGUUCAGCCACGAUAGGCCAGCCUUCUACCCACCACCAACGUCUCGCCGUCCUCAUCGUCGCCACGAAUCCGUCUUCAGCAUCGCGUCUGUCUCGUCCUACGGCCACGUCAUCCACAACGGUGCCCCGGAUCCAUUCGACUACGGAUUGCCCAGCCUCCGCGAGCGACCUUCAUCUGAAGAUGUCUCGAGCAUUUCCAUGUCAAUGACAGUUGAAGAUACGUUCGAGUUCAUGCAUAAUCGUCCGACUCGUCGCCGUGUCGAGAGCGAUGCCUCGAGCUUCUACUUCCAUGCGCCCGCACCUCAGCAAAACGUAGCUCGUGGCCAUCGCCGUCGCGAAUCGAACAUGUCAGUCUCGUCUCUUGCUCCGCCCAUCAGCCUCUACAACCGCAGCUUCGGCCACCAUCGACGAAACGACUCUUCAGCGAGCACCAGCUCCGUCGCCAUGUCCUACGCAAAGCACGGUGCAAACCCCGGAGUUCCAGCUUGGGCACGUCAUCGCAAGGACAUGUCUAUGGAUUCCGUCAUGAGCGACUUCUCCGGCAUGCAUCUUGGACGUCCAGGUCUCGGAGACAAGAUGUUCGACAACGCCGUCGACCUUGGCCCACUCACCUCCAUCACAGCUUCGCCUCCGGAGAGCGCCUCCCAAUCUCAGUUCCAGCGACGUUCGUCAUUCGACUCGAUCAUGGAUGAUGGCCCACAUUCGAUGGAGGACUCACUUUUCGACAAGACCGGGUAUCGCCAAUCAUCGUCCGAGGACUCUGUCUUCGGCGAUGACUACUCGCACCCACCCGGAGGGCUCCUUCCUCCUCAUCAGUUCCGCCCACUGUCCGUCAUGAGCAACUCUAGCGUCCAUAGCCCGCCGAAGGAGGACGACACGAUGAUCAGCAUGCUCGGUGGUGGCCAUGUCCGCCGCCGCUCUGUUGGCUCGAUCAUAGAGGCCUCGCCUUGUGUCCGCGUCGAGAAGAGAAAACAUUCUGCGUUCCAGGAGCUCAACAUGUACAAGAAGCAGAACCAGUAUGAAUCUCCGAACAAGGCCCGGAUCGUCGAGAAGCCAUCCAUCGCCUCCACCUCCUCCUUCCACUUCGGCGGCGAGCGUAUGAUCAAGGCUCAACGCGGCCUUCUGGAACGUCAGAGCUUGGAGGAUAGUUGCCUAAUCGCAGAUGGGGAGGAGCUCACUAGUGCUUUCUGUUCUGCGCCAGUAUUCUCUCGCCCUGCACCCGCUGCCCGCUCUCGUUCGAGCACCUGCACCUCAAGCUCCGGCGGCGACACUCCACCUCUUUCGGCCUCGGACGGAUCCUCGAUCUCAGGAGGAUCGCAAUCAAGCAUCGAUCUUUCUCAAGUCAAUAUCGCCCUCUCGAAUGCGACCCAUCCCAUGUCCAACGUCGCUCGUCAGCGCGCCCGUGCCCGUGCUCGUGGUACAGGCCAUCGUCGCCGCUACUCGAAAGCCCACAUGUCGCGUUCCUCCGUCUAUGAGACCAUCGAAGAGGAGAUCUCCAACUCGCCUACCCCGAACAAGAGCAUCCUCUCGAAGAUGAGCAGUCCGACGACUCGUCAACCCGUAUACGUCGUCGAUUCCGACACUGCAUCCCUCGGCUCGCCGGAGGAGCACACAUGGGAUGACGAGCAUGGCAUCGUCAUGCUCCGCAAGUUCUACGCCCUUCGCGAUGAAGCCCAUGUGACGGUGACGGAGAGUAGGCGCAUCUGGCGAGAUACCCCUUUUUCCAUCUUUGCAGUCCAGUCUUUCCAAGCUCCUGACCACCCGACCGGCAUGCAAGCUCUCCUCGAGCACUCAGUUCAGAACUAUGGUCCAUUGCCCUCGGAGCUUCGCCCUCGUCGUAUCAGGUCGCGAACAUCCUCUCGAGCGUCGCCGUAUCCUCAAAAGCGCGUCUCGAAGGCCACCAUCUCGCCGGAGCAGUCUCGUGCCCCCAUGACCGAUGUUACUCAGCCCAUGAAUUCGAUUACGCCCGUCCUUCGCCAGCUUCCAGUCAACAAAAAUACCAACAAGCCAGCACCUUCUAUCGAGGCACUCAAGCCUUUCUCACCCCUCACUGUCGAUCUGGAGCCCAAGAGGGAGAACGCCUUCGGUCUCGCGCCCAACGUUCGUCCGCGGGUCGGUUCCACGGCGCGUCGAAACGCCCUGGGUUGGUCAAAGAGAAGCACUGGCAAAUCGUCGACGGACCAGAAGGAAAACGUCGCCGCAACGGUCCUGGCGAUGGUUUACGACUCAAUCGACCUCGUCCGCGUGGCAGGCCUACGCCGGGUGGUCGCACCCCCGCGUCUCAAGCCCGAGCCAUCCGCGCCUGAAGGCCGAAGUCUGAAGUCCAAUCCACCAAACCUUCGCCAGGAUCCCUCAGAGGACCGCGUGUUAUGCCAUGCUACUCAUAUGUCCCAUAUCUAUGCCCUAUCUCAACGUCUCCACCGUUUCGCAUACAUCUGCCCCUACUAUCAACAUCAUCUCAUCAUCAUCUUGUAA